AUGAAGCUCGAAUUGUUCUCACCUGGACUAGACGCCCUGUACGAGCGGAUGAUGCAGCAGAUUAGCAAGACGGAUGAUGCCAGGCUAUGCAAGCAGGUGCUAGCUGCGGUCGCACUCGUGUAUCAGCCAAUCACGCUUAAGGAGCUGGUGACCCUUGUCGAACCGCUCGAAGGCAUAGCCGACGAGACAGAGUUACUGGAGAUUAUCGGCCUUUGCGGCUCGUUCCUUACCCUGCGGGAGCAGACUGUGUACUUUGUGCACCAGUCAGCUAAGGACUUUCUCCUAGCCGAGGCUGCUCAGGAAGUUUUCCCAGCUGGACAGGAGACCGUCUAUCAGACUAUCUUCGCUAGAUGA